AAAAGUGUGAAGGUAUAAUAUAAAGAUACUAGAAAAGGCGCGCAAAUAUUCAAAAUAGAAAGGUUGAAAGCAAUAGCAGUUAGAGAGGCGCUGCUCCAAUUUUGUUCGCUCCUGUUCCAAAGGUACCAUGGAAGCUUUAUUUGAAGAGUAUGCUGCAUUUGAGAAUAAAGUGAAACGUACCGUAUACAUUGACAACCUUUCACCUUUGGCUAAGGAGUCUGUUGUCAAAGCUGCACUCGAUCAAUUCGGGACUGUCAUUCAGGUCAAGUUAAUCCGAACCUACCUUGAACUGAAACGCAUGGGACGAGCUGUAUUAGUUGAGAUGCAGAAUGCAGAUGAGGCAAAAGCUAUCAUCUCUGAGAUACGCAAUUCCCCUUUCAUGAUCUCGGGCAUGCCAAGACCUGUUAGGGCACGUCCUGCCAUAGUUGCGAUGUUUGAUGAUCGCCCAAGGAAACCUGGUAGGAGGAUAAUGUGCUGCUGGUUGAAAUCCAGUGAUCCUGAUUUUGAAGUGGCCAUGAAGAUGAAGCGUGUGGUUAGGAACCAUGCAAAAGAAGCCAAUUUUUUGCUCAAGCGUCAAUUGGAGGAGGAAGAACAACUAGCAAAGAAGCAGUCAGAGUCCUUGAACGCAAUCUACAACAAAUAUGAACUCAUUGAACAUGUCUUUAACAGUGGAACUGCUACGCGAUUGGUAAAGCAUUAUAAAAUGAGUACUGAUGUUCGCCAGUAAUCAACAUUCUCAUUCAAACUUGUAGACAUAUAAAGAUUCAAUGGUUAAGCAAAUGACAUAUUUUUCCUUUUGUUAAGGACUUGUUUUCCAGGUAGUAGAAGAGCUUUUCAUGUGCUGUUGAAUUGAAAUUGUUAGCGUAAAAUGUACUUACUACUCUACAAGAUGUCAUGUUACCCUGCAGUCAAUUUCUAGCUAGUAUAGUUUUCGAUAUUAUUGUUUUGUUGGAAGUUGGAACAAGCUAACUGUAAGCAAUGCAAAAUUUUAUGUGUCACAGCAA